CAACGGGUUAACUGCAACAAGGUCAGCGUGCUGGUCUAAACCGUGGGCCAUAAGUCGAGUGAAAGCCGUUCCUGUGUCCGGUGGAUCUCUCCUUGUCGUCUUCCAGUAUGUCUGACGCGUGGACUCAGCAGUGUCAGCAAUAUUUAACCAAGUAUCCGGCCCUAAAGUGUUUGGCUAUUACCUCCUUGGACGGUACAAUCUACGGCAAUUCAGAUGCAACCGAAUUUCCGCUGGACCAAGCUUUCAUGAAACAAGUUUUUGCCAGUAUGAAGGGUGAUCCCGCUUCAUCCAUUCCACUGGCCGGUGAAAAGUAUAUGUGCUUGCGAAGCAGUCCUGAUUGUUGGCUCGGAAGAAAAGAGAAGAAAGCCAUCUUCGUAUACCCAUGCAGAACGAUCGCCGUUGUGGGUUUGUCACAAGAUACGGAGUCAGCCAACAAUACGAGUAACGGGAGUGACUCAGUCGCCCGACUCGCCGAACUCUAUAUGAAGAGCAAUUACUGAGCGUGUUUCACGAAUUUACUCUUUCCACUAUGGAGAGAGUGCGAUUCCGCUAUCCACGUCGGCCGUACUGUUCGCCAUUUUCGAAGCGUAGUGUUCGAUUGAUCCGUUUAUGUUUAAAGUUUUCCAAUCCGAUUUCUAUCUUCUCGACUGUAUUCAUGUCACUGCGCGUAUCGUUUUGCUGAGGGAGAGUUCACCUCUGCCUGACAUUAAGCUCUUUUUAUAUGUACUGACAGACCGAUUUUCCGUUCCUCUCCACCCAUUCUCCCCGCUACUCUUUCUUUCAAAAUCUACCUGAUUCCCCUAGAUAUUCACAACUCUCCAGAGUUUAGGGCCAGUUGCUCGUGCCAUUUGCGUAUGGUUGCGCGUUCUGUUAAGUCGGUAUUUUCGCAUUGAACCUUGUUCCUGUGCGUAUGUGUGUGAAUCUUUCCUUCUAUCAACCUGAUGUGAAGCGCAAUGAAUUGCUUUUCGGUACAUUUUACCUCUGCUAAGAUGGAUGGAGGCAGCUUUCUUCGUUUAUUCUAGGUUGUAUUUCGACAACCGGUUGUGUGAAGUGCCGGAACACACUACUCAUACGGUUGUUGAGAACUUCGAUGGCGAACUUAGUAGUGGUGUGCUCUAUCAAG